CGUGGGCGAAGCAGGGUGCUCUCCUCUUGUCUGUAGUGUGUUUAUUGGGGUUUGUGUAGGGUUCUAUUUUGGCCGCACUUGGAUCGUGGUUCUGCUCUAGGGCUUUGUGUCGGAUUUCUGCUUUGCUUCGGGUCUGUGAGUUUUUGGUUUGCUUCGCCGUGCUCCUACCUGGCGAGAAUCGUGAGGCUCGGAGGAGGCAGCGCGGCCCCCGGAGAAGAGAGAGCGCGCCGGCGUGAGCGGUGGGUGUGAAAGCUGCAGGGAAGGGGAUUCGCCGCGGAGAUGCCAGAGUUCCUGGAAGACCCUUCGGUGCUGACGAAAGAGAAGUUGAAGAGUGAGUUGAUCGCCAACAAUGUGACGCUCCCGGCCGGGGAGCAGCGCAAAGACGUCUACGUGCAGCUCUACCUGCAGCACCUCACCGCGCGCAACCGGCCGCCGCUCGCCGCCAGCGCCAACAGCAAGGGGCCCCCGGAUUUCUCCAGCGAUGAGGAGCGCGAGCCCACCCCGGUUUUCGGCUCCGGAGCCGCCGCCGCGGGCCGAAGCCGCGCCGCCGUCGGCAGGAAAGCCACAAAGAAAACUGAUAAACCCAGGCUAGAAGAUAAAGAUGAUCUAGAUGUAACAGAGCUCACCAAUGAAGAUCUUCUGGAUCAGCUUGUGAAAUAUGGAGUGAAUCCUGGCCCUAUUGUGGGGACAACCAGGAAGCUGUAUGAGAAAAAGCUGCUGAAGCUGAGGGAACAAGGAACAGAAUCAAGGUCAUCUACACCUCUGCCAGCAGUUUCUUCUUCAGCAGAAAAUACAAGGCAGAAUGGAAGUAAUGACUCUGACAGAUACAGUGACAAUGAAGAAGACUCUACAGUAGAGCUCAAGCUUGAGAAGAGAGAACCAUUAAAGGGCAGAGCAAAGAUUCCAGUAACACUCAAGCAAAGAAGAGUUGAGCACAAUCAGAGCUAUUCUCAAGCUGGAAUAACUGACACUGAAUGGACAAGUGGAUCUUCAAAAAGUGGACCUCUGCAGGCAUUAACUAGGGAAUCUACAAGAGGGUCGAGAAGAACUCCAAGGAAAAGGGUGGAAACUUCAGAACAUUUUCGUAUAGAUGGUGCAGUAAUUUCAGAAAGUACUCCCAUAGCUGAAACUGUAAUGGCUUCAAGCAACGAAACCUUAGUUGUCAAUAGGGUGACUGGAAAUUUCAAGCAUGCAGCUCCUAUUCUGCCAAUCACUGAAUUCUCAGACAUACCCAGAAGAACACCAAAGAAACCAUUGACGAGAGCCGAAGUGGGAGAAAAAACAGAGGAAAGAAGAAUAGAAAGGGAUAUUCUUAAGGAAAUGUUUCCCUAUGAAGCAUCUACACCAACAGGAAUUAGUGCUAGCUGCCGCAGACCAAUCAAGGGGGCUGCAGGCCGGCCAUUAGAACUCAGUGAUUUCAGGAUGGAGGAAUCUUUUUCGUCUAAAUAUGUCCCUAAGUAUGUUCCUUUGGCAGACGCCAAGUCAGAAAAGACAAAAAAGGGACGCUCCAUUCCCAUGUGGAUAAAAAUUUUGCUGUUUGUUGUUGUGGCAGUUUUUUUGUUUCUGGUCUAUCAAGCUAUGGAAACCAACCAAGGAAAUCCUUUCUCUCGUUUUCUCCCUGACUCUACAGAAUCCAAGUGAAUGAUAUCUCUUUGGCACGCUCAACUUGGUCUCCUAUUUUUAAUAACUGUAUAAAAAAAAAUUGUGUAUACUUGUUGACUCAAGAACUAAAAAUAAUGUGAUUCACCUCGAUAAAUGUAGUAUUCCAUUGAAAAGCAAACAAGAUAUAUAAAUAUAAAUGGACUUCACUGAAAUGUUUUGGACUUUGGACUAGUAGGAGAUCACUUUGUGCCGUAUGAAUAAUCUUUUUUAGCUCUGGAACUUUUUUGUAGGCUUUAUUUUUUUAAUGUGGACAUCUUAUUUCAUUUUUGAGAAAAAUGUAUAUUGUUUUUGUGUAUUUGGGAAACAAGGGCAAAAUGUGGUGGCGUAAUGUGAAGCUACACAUUUAAAUACUUUGAAUUCUUAUGGAAAAGAUUUUAAGAUUCAUUCUCUGCUGAAUAAAAACUUUAGAGACGUUAAACAUAAUGAAAUUCAGUAAGAGGAAAAGUAAUUUGGGGUUGCACUUUUUGUAACUGCCACAGUUUGAUGGUGUUUAUGGGGCAAGUACAGCAAUAAUCUCUUCUGUAACUUUUAUUAACAGUAAUGGUAUUGUAGCCCUGUCAUACUCAGUUUUUAAAAGAUUUCUAGUAUCAUGAAAGUCCUAAAAACCCAUUUAAAUACAGUUGAUUUUUUUAGCAGGGAUCUUUUAGUGCAACGUAUAUACGUUUUGGAAAACGGUUGGGCUGUACAUGUUUUCAAAAACUCUCAGCUAUAAGGCCAUAAUUGGAAAUUUGUGCUCUUUAUUUACAGCAAAGCAGUCAUUCUGUCAAUCUUAAUUUGCUACCAAAAUAUUUUUUAGAUAAAUAAGUAUGUGUGUGUGUGUUUGUUUAGAAGUUAGAAACUUUAAACACUGGUCUUAUGUUCCAUUUGGGUUUAUUUUUGCUUUGUCUUCUGUUACCAAAAACAAAUUUUGCCAAGUUUUUGCCCUACAUUUCCCAAUGUAAUUUGAUUUAAGAGUGCAAAAAGUAUUAGCUUUUAAAUUGCAUAGUAAAACUUUUUCUUGAAUGCACAGUAGUUAAUGGGUAAAGUUGUAAACUCUGAGAAGGGCAUUAUGAUUUUGUGUACUCUUGAAGUGGUUAUCUUUGUGGUUGAUUUUUUUUUUAGCUGAAACUUACCUCAUGUUUAGCUUGGCUAAAUAAAAUAGUAGAUAAUUGAAAUUUCAAUAGAAUCAAGUGAAACAAAAAUUUUAAACUUAAUCAUUUGAGUUUCAAAUUUACACUCACUGACCAUAAAGCACAUUAAAAAUGUAAGUUAUUUUUACAUAUCAUCUGAAAUAAAAGUGAUACUUCUAAAAAAGGAAAAAGCUGAAGAUGUAUAUUUAGACUGGCACCCAAUUUUUAUUUGAAUUAGUCCUAUUCUGAUAUUUAGCUUGUAGAUAUUUUAUAGACAUUUUCACUUACUUUGCAGUUGAAAGCAGAAACACUUGUAGGUCUGGUCUUGCAGGGGGCAUGAGAAACUUCCUCCUAGAUCAGAAAUGUUUGCCUCUUCUGAGUAGAAAUGUUUCUUUGAGAUGAGCCACAAAGAGGGCACAUUUUACUCAACCUUUCCACUCUAGGGUAAUAGCAAAUCUGUGCUUACUUUGUUUUUAAACUUUGUUUCCUGUAUUGUUUUUUAAUCUUUUGUUUAUAACUUAGAAAUUUUGAGAAGCUGCAUUUAAUGUUUAAAAAUAUGGGAAGAUUAAUCAGACUUAACAUGUAUGUAAGAACAGUUUUCUAGUAGUAAAAGUAUGGUCCAGAGUAGCAAAAGUAGGACCAGGUAAAACCCGUAGUCUUUUUUUUUUUUUUUUCUUUUUUUUUUUUAAAAAAAAAAAAAAAAAAAAAACCAUGUGCUUGGUCUUUUGUCUGUGUCUGUGUUUUGCCGCUAGAGUAAAUGUGUCUUUGAUGUAAAUGCAAAAGGCAUUUCUUCUGAUUAAAUUGUCGACGUAGUAGUUAAGACUUUACAAUAUAAUUCAAUAAUAAAAAUAGUAAUUAACCUCUAGUUUUGUCAUUGCAAUAAAUGUUUUUCAGAUAGUUGUAUACAAUAUCCUGAUAACAUCUCUUUUUUUUUCCAGAUAACUUUUCUUAUGUGGUAUUUAUAAAUUAUUGACUUUUUAGUUCUCGUUUCAGUCUCUUCUUCUAUGUUUUAUUUCUAAUCAUCAUAGUUAUCAAGUCCUUGUUUGUUCAUAAACAAGCAGUGUAUAGCCAUUAACUCACAGAAUGACAGGGAAAUUCUCAGGGACACCUCUCCUAUCCCCUAGAAUACAGUAACUACUUUUCAGUGUCUGCUCCCGUCCCCCCACCCGUGCCUUAGUUUUACUAUCUUAGUACUUAAAUACAGCACUCUUGAUUAUUAGUCUUGCUUUGAGACUAAGUAAACAGGUCACUGUGGUUUUUUUCAUCAUGAAGCUGUGCUCAGAGGAUGGAAUUGCUGUUUCUGUCCUUCAUAUGUCCCUUCCCAUUUUAAUUAGUGAUUCUCAAAGUAAUAUGUACACUGUAGUUAAUUAGAAAGCAAAUAGCAUCAAAAGCUUAAAAUAACAUAGUUGAUUACAUGCUUACAAUGUGCUAGGUACUGCUCUAUGAGCUUGGUAUGUAUUAACUCACUUAAUCCACCCAGUAAUCUUAUGAAGUAGGUGUUUUAUUAUCCUCUCAUUACAAAUGAGGAAAUUGAUGCUCAGAGAAGUUAACAAUCUUCUCCAGUUUGUACAGCCGGGGGGAAAUGAUAGGUCUGAUUACAUGUGAUAUGGCAGAGGGGAAUCUAAAAGCCAGCUCUUUCUAUGUAUACUUUAAACCAGUUCUCCUGUGUCCAGGCCUGCUUCUUCCACAACAUUGAGUGUUGCCUCUAAGUUCCAAACUUCUCAGGGGUCUUUAGGGUGAAGUAGCUUACUUCUAGUUUUAAUCUUUCUCUGCAGUCAUUUAAGUUGAGCCUUCUUUAACUUUGCUAAUUCAUUUUCCACUUCUUGAUCUGUUUUACAUCUUCCACAAAUUUUUGGAAAUAUUUUGUCCUUUGAUGUCUUACUCUUCUGCCAUUCUCUUGUGUCAUUGUGUUAAAACACUUUUUAUUCCCUUAUCAGUGAUAUAGUCUCAGCAGGAAGAGGCUAUAAACACAUGUGGUUAAUUUCUCACCUUGAUUGGCAGUCAUGGAGAGCUUUUCCGAGUUCACAUGCCAUCUUCCCACCAAAGAUUUGGGAAGGAGGAAGAAAAGCAGACAUGGAGUUUUGGGUGGGGGUGAAGGGUAUCCAUGUUAUUCUGUACGUCCUCAUUAGCUUAACUGACAUUUGAUGGCAUUUAUGUUAUAUUGGGAGUGUUUUGAAAUUACUUAAAAAAAUUUGCUACCCACUUAAAUAUUGUAUACCUCUUCUGAGCCAGGUAUAAUGCUUUGCAGUACAUGGAUGCAGUUUGAGAAAUACUUUAAACUUGUCUUGGGGCAUUGUUUUGGGAAGUAGUUAAAAAAUAAAGCAUUUGACUAUUCCAGUUAACUAAUAAUAUAAUUAUAUUGGCAGUUUAAGUAUCAUUAUUUAUCUUAUUGAGGGAAAUUAGUAAUGUUUAAUCCUUGUUAGCAAAGAACCAAAAGUUUAUCAGAGCUUCUUUGGAGUAAAUUAAAGCUGAUUAUGAAAAUUUGAUCCUCAUCAAAUGCUUUUAUACUAGACCACUACUGACUUUAUUGUCCAGAAUUUAGCACAUGGAUUUUGUGACAGUGAAUAAUUUGAAAUGAGAAAGAGAUGUAAGGUAUAAUUGUUUUAUUGCCCUAGUAACAGGAAUAGUUAGAGUUUUUGUUGUUAUUACAGUUUAUGGUUUGACUGCAAGGAGAAAUACAUUUUUCAUAUCACUUUAUAAAAUUGGUAUUAUGCCACUAGGGCUCCUUAUUUUACAGUUAUCUAAUACAUGCUUAUAUGGGAUUUAAACUACUGUAUCAGUUAACUAUUGCUAUUUAACAAGUUAUUUCAAAACUGAAUGUAAAACAAUUAUUGCAUGGUUUCUGUGGGUCAGGAAUUCAGGCGUGGCUUAGCUGAGUGGUUCUGGCUCAAGGUCUCAUGACACUGCAGUCAGGUUGUCAGCCAGGGCUGCAGAAUCUGAAGACUCAACUGAAACAAUCUGCUUCCAAGCUCACAAUGUAGUUGACAGGCCUCAGUUCCUCACUGGCUGUAAGCUGGAGAUUUUAUAGGUUAUGAGUGCCCUUAUGGCAGGACAGCUGGCUUCUCCCAGAGUGAUCCAAGAGAGCGCACCCAAGACCAAAGCUAGUGUUUUUACAUAACCUAAUCUUGGAAAUGACAUACCUUUACUCUUGCCAUACCCCGUUGGUCACACAGGUCAACCCUGGUAAAAUGUAGGAAGGGACUGCGCAAGGGUGUGAAUAUUAGGAGGCGGGGAUCAUUUAGGCUAAUCUUGGAGUUUGGCUACCAUAACUACCAUCGUAAUCUGAGAGGUUGUAUAGAUAUUUAGUUUGGUGAUGCUAUAUCAUUUGGAAAUAAUACUAAGUAUUGCUUUGGAAUUCAUACACACCUUAAUGAUUUCUUUGGCACAUUCACCAUUUUGAUCUGUUCAUCAUUCUAAAAAACUGAUUAUAUAUAAAAUUAAAUGUAAAUGAACUAGAAUAGCAAUGGGAUGAGAGAAAUGGGUAGAUUUGAGUUAUCUUUCAGAGGUAAAGUCAAUAGACGAUUAAUUGGAUAUGGCCAGUAAAAUUGGAUAUGGACAAGUAAAACAGUUUUUUUUUUUUUUUUUAGUUAGGCAG